CAUUAAAUCAUCAUGCACAUAUAUAAAUAUGAUAAUAAUCAUUUCAGUGAUAUGCAUUCAAACUAAUGUCAUGUAAUUAAUUUAUAAUGUAGUGAUGUGCCAUUUAGAGUGAUACACUUGCUUCAAUUUAGAGAUGGGAAAUCUGAACCAUUAACUCUAAAGAAGGUUAUACAACAAAAUGAAUAUGGUAAUAGUUAUGAAAGAUACACUUUAAACAAGUAAGUUUAUAUGUAUAAAAUAAUUGUUUUUACAUUCAAUUAUUGUACAUUGUAUAUAUAUACCAAACUUAUUAGGUAAUUCUUAAAAUUUUAGUGAAAAAAAAAAGGUUCGAGUGAAAUUUGUUAUGUCAAAAUCAAGACCACCAGAGACAAAUCAAACAAUAAGUGAACAAAGUGAGAACAUUCCUGCUACUAAUGCAACAACUAAGAGUGUGUCUGCUACACAUAACACAACUGACAAAGAGAGCAGGGAUGAAAGCAAGCAAGAAGAAGUUCAACCAAAAGUGCAAAGCAAUCCAGUAAAGAAUAGUCUUGGCCAAAAAAAACCCAAAGAUGAUUCAAGAAUAACAACAUUAAAGGACAAGAUGCAAGAAAUACAUUUAGACAUAGAGAGAAACCCAAAAAAGUACAAAGAAUCGACAAUCAGAAUUAUGAGAAAUCUCAAAAGAAUGGAAAAGGCAAGCAAGGAAAUCAGGAAAGGUGAAGCAAAAAAGAAAGAAAAAGGGCCAAUAGAAGAGAAAACUGUGGAAAAAGAAGUACAAGAAGGAAAAAAAGGGACUGAAAAAGAGAAAAGCCCUAAAGACAAAACUGUGGAAGAUGUCUUUCCAAAGACAACAAAUGUAGAAGAAGGACAAGAGGGAAAAAAAGAGCCUGAAAAGGAGAAAAUCCCUAAAGAGAAAACAGUGGAAGAUGAGUCUACAAAGACAACAGAUCCGAAAGCACAAAUUGCACCUGAUUUUGUUCAAAUUGAGGAUGAAACUUAUCUUCUAGAUCAAGAUGAUGAUAAAGUUUCCACAAAACUUAGUGAGGAGACAGCUCCAUCAUCACAAAAAAGUGAUCAGUCAACCAAAAUGAAAACAAGAUACAAAAUGGUUGCAAGGAAAAACAAAAACAAAAGCCUUGUUGUUGUGCCAAGUGGUAGAAUUACAAGGAGCCAAGGUAAUCAUAAUACUUUUCUGUUACACAAUAAAUAUUACACUUUCAAAUAUACUAACAUAAAUUUUUUAAAAAACAAUAGAUGUUCUGUUAGAUGA